AUGAGUGCCCUCGCCCUCCUCACGGCAUACGCCUUGACGGCAGCUGCCGCGCCCUCGUCGGAAUUUGGUUUCAUCAACCCGCGCUCCAUCAUCGAGGCCGACUGCAGAGGAAAUGCGGUGGUAAAGAACUCUCUGACGCAAUGCGCCGGCAUGGCGCGGACGGCUGCCAAAGCGGCCUUGGAUACGUCGAGCAAUCUAAUGAAGGACUUCUUCAAGUUCGAGGACCAAAACUCGCGUCAACAAGUCGCCGAUGUCUACAACGCGGUUGCGGCCGAGUGCGAGUCCAAAGGACAGGGGCAAGUGAAAGUCACCUGUGAUGAUACAAAGGAUCAAGGCUGCUCGUGGGCCGGGGGCAUCACCAAGAAUGGCGAGGUCAUCCUUUGCCGCGGCUUCUUCGUCAAAGCAGAUAUUCGGAACUCGCAAUGUGGUGGAAUCGAUGCCGGCAAUACCAUGCUGCACGAGAUGACGCAUGCGCUCAGGGGUACGCAGGAUCUAAGCAAUCUCGCCCCCAAGAACACUCUCGGCGGUUACGGUCUCAACUUCAUCUUCAGCCUCAACGGCCAGAACAACCUCAUCCACGCCGACACCUACUCCCAGUUCGCCCAGGCCGCCGACCUGAGUUGCACCGACCAAGAGCUGUCGAAUCGUGCGCAAAAGACUCCUGGUGAAGGUGCUACAACCGCCAAGGACAAGGCACAGGCUACGAAGCAGGAUGCGGGCCAAGGCGGCCAGAUACCACCAUCCUCGGGGAUGGGAUCCCAGGGGACAGACUCAUCCGGUAUAAUUGACAAUACCCUGGGGACAGAUGCGCAGGGGACUUUCUCUUCCGGUCGAAACAGCGCGGCCCAAUUCGGUCAAAAUACGGCACUCCAAUCCAGUCAAAAUGAAAAUGCCUUGGGAGGUGUAUCCGGUGCACCUCAAAGAAGCGAAUAUGCUCAAGGGACAGGGCAGUACCAAUAUGCCCAGAACGGCCAAUACUACCAGAACGGCCAAUAUUACCAGAACGGUCAAUAUGCCCAGAACGGUCAAUAUGCCCAGAACGGUCAAUAUGCCCAGAACGGUCAAUAUGCUCAGGGUCAGUAUGCUCAGGGUCAAUAUGCCCAGAAUGGUCAAUAUGCCCAGAACGGUCAAUAUGCUCAGGGUCAAUAUGCCCAGGGCGGCGCAUAUCAGUACUACCAAUAG